GGUCCCCCAGGACACAGUUUGAGAAGCCGUGGUCUAGAUGAGAGAGCUGUUCACACACCCAUCCAGCACCACACACACACACACACACACACACAGAGAGCAGGGCAGUACCACGCAAACAGCCAGAGCCUCCCGCUGCUGGCUACACUUACCCACCAUCUGUUACAUCCCGAUUAAAGACACCGCCAUCGAAGUUGUUGGAUUUCAAAUGUGCUGGAAAGAGGUUUUUUUUUAAGAAGUGUAGUGGAAUCGACGAGUUGUAAACCAAACAAAGCUGAGCACACCAGUGACGCCACACAGCAAAUAUCAUUUGUCUUGGAACAUACGUCAACACACACCCAGUUCUAGUUUACGCACAGGGUCCCGUUUCUCUGCUGAAUGACGCAAGCAUGUUCUUUUUUUUUUUGGUACAGAACUUAAAUAUAUCUGUAUAUUCAAUGUCACAUUAACAAUUUGUAAAAUAUCUUUAUUACAUUAACAAUUUGUAUAAACAAAUCUUUAUUACUUCAUAAAUAGUGGAUUACAUGUGGAUUAGGAGUGAAAACGCGUCGAGACUUGUGUGUUGUCAAAGGCUUCUUGUGUGUGGGCACACAUAUAAACUAAACAUAUUCAUUACAAUGCGCAUACAGUAACAGGAAAGGGGGUUGCGAGCAGUGUUUGUUAAAGUUCUGGAAUAAGAUACAGAAACAUAGUGAACCAAAAGUAAUUACCUCUGCUGACCUGGGAUCAGCUUUCUGUUCGUCAUACGAUGCGUGAGUCAGCCAGAAUUCCCUGCCAGGAGUGAAAUAGUAUAAGAUGAACACGCACACAAAUGGAAGUCAGCGCUGAAUCCCGGACUGAAAUACAGUACACGCUGCGGCUGUGGGUAUUACCUGAUUACCUGCCAGGACACAUAACCCUGAGGGCAAACAAACACAGAGCAGCUGAAGAGACUGGACUUUGAAAUGGAGAGCGCUGAAGGGUCUGAGCAGGACAGGUGUGAAAGCGUGGAACUCGACAGCGGCAUAAGAUUGCUUAUUGCUGAAAAAAAUGCUUCCCUCCGGACAGGAGAAACUGCUUGGAGGCAUUGUGCAACAUUGCAGAAUGCUGAUGGAACGAAGGACUUAGGAGGAUACACAAGAGACUCACGCAGAAUGCCUGGAAAGCAGACAGAUUUCCUGCAAACUGACACGGGAGAGGGUACGACUUUGAAGGGAAACCGAAUGCAGACCUCCCCAGAAGAUUUAAAACAACGGAUCGAGAUUCUCGAAAAACAAAGACAAGAGCUUCUUGAAGUAAAUAAGCAAUGGAACGAGCACUUUAAAAUCAUGAAGCAGCGAUAUGAACAGAAGAUUUCAGAGACAAAACAUGCACUGACUGAUUGUCACAAACAUACUGCUGACCUAGAAGUGGAACGAGACCAGAAGCAGAUAGAUUUUGAUAAGAAGCUCAUCCUGGCCAAAGAAAUGAUUGAAAUAAAGCAGGAAGAAAAUGAGAGAAUCGGUAUCGCCUUACAAGAAGUGAAAAGACAGAACCGAUAUCUAAAGGAACAAAAUGCCUCCCUAACAAGAAAGAAGGAACACCAGGAAUGUGAAAUUGGACGAUUGAACAAGGCCCUCUCAGAAGCCCUUCGAGUGUCAAUUAGAAACGCUGGCAGAGAAGAGAUGGUGACACAGAUUGAAGUCCUCCAGCAGCAGGUUCAGAUCUAUGAGGAAGACUUCAAGAAGGAAAGGUGUGAUAGAGAACGACUUAUUAAAAAAAAUGAAGAACUGCAGUCUGAGCUACACGUGCUUAAAUCUCAGGUCGAAGAGUUUCCACAGCUAGCUGCCAGUCCACAUAUCUCCCCACGUUGUUGCUGCUCACAGUGGGUAGCAUUUCCUCACAGGGCCAAUGUCUAUGGAUUGUCACCGCACUACACAGACCCCAGGCGCCCACGCAUACACCAGGACAGGCAGGAGCAUCAGCAGCACCCACCAAACUACCAGUGGUCUGCUUCCUCCUCUGACCGUCUUCCUGCAGCUGUUCAGCACAUCCCCCUGAACCGCACAGCAAACGGUAUUGCAAGAAACGAUAAAAUAUAGGAACAUGCUGCCUCACUUUAUGUUCAUUGUAUUGUGUGCAAUACUGAUUUCUGUUAAAUAUAAAUGUAUAGUAAAUAGCUGUGACAUUCAAAUAUAUCAAUUGUUAUUUUUACAACAAAAAACUAAUAAAUUGAAACCUAUUUUCAAUUCUAUUUUUAUAAUAAAAGACCAUAGAUUAUGA